ACCUAUUCGGUCAUUGCCAUAACCAAGGAGACGAGGAGACCAUCUAAACGCUCUGCCCAAACACGAUGGCCUCGGAUGAUGGUAGACGAGAUGCAGGGGGGCCAGAAGGAGCAGAAGGAGCUGAGAAUAGCAACCACUCGCUGCUGCAGUCGCUGGAGAAGGAGGUGCUAUUGUUGCGAAAAUCCCGAGACGAACAGGAGGAAACCACGGCCAGCCUGUUGGCGGAGCUGCAGCGGAGGUGCGACAAGGUCAUCGAGCUAGAGGUUAACCUCGAUCAGGAAAGGGCGCGCGCGGACCGGCUCGCGCGAGAGAGGAUGGAGGAGGAGGAGGCCCUCUCCGGAGAGCUGCGAGAUAUCAUGGCCACCGUCACCGUCGGCUCUGACGUGUUCGGUACUCCCGCCGCCGCCGCCGCCGCCGCCGCCGCUGCUCCUACGAGCCCCGCCGCCGGCAACGAUCUAUCCUUCGAUUCCGAGUCGAUCGAGCGGCAGCAAGUAGCGAACAAGACAGCAGUGGACAAAGACCCAGGACAAGAACCACCGGAGGACGGCGGCGGCGGCGGCGGCGGUGCGAUCGCGUCGGCGUCAGGGAUUUUCUCGGAGUGGCGGUUGGGCCGCGUGCGAGGAGGCAAAGCCAGCGAUGAUGACCGCAACGGGAAUAAUGCCGGCACAGGCAGCGGAAAAACCGGGGCAGCCAGCGAAACGAUGACUGCAGAGGAGCAAGAGAAACUAAAAGACUCUGCGGACGGGCCCGGGGUUGAUGGUCAAAAGAGCAGCAGCAACGGCGGCGGCAGUGCCAGGGAACAGGCGGUGGGAGCGCUAAGAGCGCGCGUGGUGGAGCUGGAGUUGCAGAGAGCGGAGGCGGCCGACGAGAUGAGGGAGAAGACGGACCGGUCAAUCCGGCUGGAGGUGCAGGUGGAGCAGUUGAAGAACAUUGUCCAGUCCCUCAGCCACGCCUCGUCACGAGAGGAAACCCAGGCGUGGGGGCAAGGUUCUUCCGCAACCACCAGGACACAGGAGACGGUAGACUUGGAUCCCCUCCUGCGGGACGUUCCUGGUGUGGAUCCCUCCGUGCUGCUGCUGCUCCACCGGACACCCUGGGCGGAUGUUGUCCUUGAGGGUAUUCGGAAGGAGGAGUCCUGCUUCGAGUGGCAGGGGAAAGACAGCCGAGGAGCAUGGAGCUCAAGGCUCGGCGCCUUUCCAACCGAGCUCUCUUCUCUCCCGCUUCACCACCUCGCGGGACCACAUCCCCCACCACAGCCGCCGCCGCCCCCGCAGUCGCUAUCGUCUCUUCCGCAAUCCACGUCAAGCCCAUCAUCGUCGUCGCCAUCGUCUCCGAGAUCCCGUUCUCCCACACUAGCCCUAACCGGUUUCGUUACGGCUGACCACGCGAGAUGUGAAGCUGGGGGGCAGGCGGGGAGCGAUGCUAGGGCCGGUGGGCUGAGGGAAAAGAUUGGGGGGGCGAUGGCGGCGGUGGCGGCGGCGGGGAGGGGGCUGGGCGGCGGAAUCGGCGGCGCCCCGGGUUGGCGCAUGGUGACCGACGAGGGCGUGACCUUCCGUUUCGAGCUGGACGACGUGGGGCUCCCGAGCCAUCACUGGGAGUGGGUCGGGGGCUGGAUGGUUGACUCCGAGACGGAAGCGUCGUCGGAUCAAGACGGCUGGAUCUACGGCCGGUCGCCUUCGGAGAUUUCGGAGAUUGCCCUCGGCCGAACAUCUUCGCAUAGCAACGGCAUGCGCAGCAGCAGCAGCAGUCCCGAGAUCAGCAGCAGCCGCAGCGCUGCUGACGCUACAGCAGGUGCCGCUGGCGUGGGCGAUGGUGCCCGCGAGCCAGAAGCAAGCUCGGAAAACACGCAAGAUGGGGAUGAAUCGCCGCCCCCCCAGCAGCAGCAGCAGCAGCAGCAGCAGCAGCAGAUGUUGGUUUCCGGCAACUACAGCGAUGGUGACAUCGCUUCCUCCGCCGAUAACAAAGGUGAAGAAGACGCCAAGGGCCCGCGGCGGCAAGCGACGGCUGCUACCGUUGGAGGGGGCAGCGAUGGGGCAGGCGGGGGCUGGGGUUUGAGGCGGCGGAGGCUCGUUAGGUUGCGGAUGGUUAGGAUGGUGGACGGUGCUCGGGAUAGCACAAUAAGCGUGUUGGAGAUGUUUCGAAGGUUAAGCAGCAUGGAGAUCCUGGUGCGCAAGCUAAGCCGCCAGGUUGUCACUCAACAGCGACAGAUGACAGCCUUGGAGAGCCAGGUAGCGUUCCUCGCCCCGCUUCAGCCGAAGCUAAGGAUGGCUUGCGCGCUUGGCAGGAAGGACCGAAUGCGAGGAGACGCUCUUCAGGGAAAGUUGAUAGAGGCUGAAAACGAGCUGAAGGUCCUCCGGCGCUGCAUGGAGACCACUUCCGGCACCGGUACCGGUACCGGUCCGCGGGGUCCCGCCGCCCCGCCGCUUGCCCCCGCAACCUCCCGCCGCGCCGCCGCCCCCGCGCCACUGCGCGCCGCUGUUCCCAGUGGCCGCAAUGUCAAGGGUGCCACUGAAGAUGACGAUGGGGUAUCGGCACGGCGGGCGGGUGGCGACGGCGGGGUGGAUAGCCGGGGCGCUGGUGCAGCCGGCGGAGGGGGCGCGGCGGCGUGGGGUUGGGUUGAGGGCGUGGCUCAGCGGGCGGCGGGCACGUUGGUCAGACGUGGGCGGGCCGCGGAUCCCCCCGAGAAGGCGGUUGGGGGAGAGCAGAGCGGCGCGGUAACGUUUCGGCCUGCGGGGAGAGGGGUCGCGGGUACUCUGGUGUAGUCUCUGGGUUUGUGUCAAACCAAACGUUGCGGUGGUUGUGGUAUUUGUCAGGGAGAGGGGGCUUUCCUAGCGUACGCGACGUUUCGAAUUUUGUCUAGCUUGGGUCUUGUUUGGGGUCGUUGGCGGAGGAGGCGAGCAUCAUGGUCUUGGGAUUGCGCAAGUAUCUUGUUUCUCCGUUGUUGUUACAAGUGCUUCGAAGUCUGAGAGUGCUUCCGGAGAGAGAGCCGAUUUGAUUGUUGCUUGCCCGGUGUGGGGUCUUUUGAAUUGACGUCGACUGUGCUACAUAACCAGCUGACCAAUGAAAAUAUGUCAGUCUCAGUAAGGUUGAAAACAUUAUGAGUGUUUUCAGUUGGCUCGUCAUGCCGCAAGUCCUUCGGUUGGGGUGCGAAGCGAGUGUUGCGCACAAACCCGGGAGAUGAUAUUUUCGGCGGUUUUUCAGCGGUUUUUGGUGAUGACGCAAUUUCGGCCUCCCAUUGCAUGGGAUUGGCCAAGGUUUUACCGACUGUAGUGCGUCGAGCUCAUGAGGUCCGAAGAAAUGCGGGAUGAUACUUCCCGUCAUUCCCGUCACUGCUGUGGCGGAUUGGAACCGUUUUGGGGC